CGUGACUGCGCUCAUCACACCGAGGCGUCAACAAGAGGAGGGGCCAAUCAGAAACGUCGUUACAGAAUGCGUUCCAUUCAUAAUGUGCCGUGAUCUUGGAGUCGUCAGAGCCGGACAAGCAUGGAUUCGGGGCCCGAAGAGCUGAUGCCCAGGCUGUUACCGGUUGAGGCCUGUGAUCUUCCCGAGGACUAUGAUCCCUCCGUGCCGCCUCGGACCCCUCAGGAGUAUCUGCGGAGAGUCCAGAUUGAAGCAGCACGUUGUCCUGAUGUAGUCAUUGCACAGAUUGAUCCCAAAAAGUUGCGAAAGAAACAGACCGUUAGCAUAUCUCUGUCGGGAUGCCAGCCUGCUCCUGAUGGGUACUCUCCAAGCCUCCGCUGGCAGCAGCAACAAGUAGCACAGUUUUCUGCUGUCCGCCAGAGUCUGCACAAGCACAGGGGUCACUGGAGGUCUCAGCCUUUGGACAGCAAUGUUACAAUGCCAAGCACAGAGGAUGAAGAGAGCUGGAAAAAGUUCUGUCUGGGGGAACGGCUAUAUUCUGACCUAGCAGCUGCCCUAAACAGCGAGAGCCAGCAUCCAGGAAUUGAUUACAUUAAGGUUGGUUUCCCACCGUUGCUGAGCAUUGUUAGUCGGAUGAGCCAGGCGACAGUAACAAGUGUGCUAGAAUACUUGGUGAACUGGUUUGAAGAGAGGAACUUUACUCCAGAGCUGGGUCGUUGGCUUUAUGCUUUGCUGGCCUGCCUGGAGAAACCACUGCUGCCUGAGGCUCACUCUCUUAUUAGGCAGUUGGCACGAAGAUGCUCACAAAUCAGAGCUGGGGUGGAACAUAAGGAAGAUGAUCGGGUGUCUCCACUGAACUUAUUCAUCUGUCUGGUUGGCAGGUACUUUGAACAGCGAGAUUUGGCUGACUGUGGUGACCCAUCUUGAUGAUGAUCAGGCAGCUUUACCCCCCCUCCCCCACUCUCCCAGAGCAUCUCGGCAAUAUCCAUGCUAUCCACUCCCCUUCUCAUCCAGUGGUGCACCAACUAUAUCGUUUUUGGAUUCAGGAAACUGUGUGGUUUAACCCUCUCAGUGCCAAAAAGGGCCUUGAAGGAGCUAGGACAGGCAUGGAUAAUCUCUAGCCUUCAGAUGUUUAACUACAACUACCAAGAGCCGAAGAAGUUGCAGUUGAACCGCAUCUACAGCACUUCACUUUGCCAAUCCCUGAAUUUUGGCACCGACCAAUUGCACGUCGACCUCUUGCCUGCCAUUGGCAGUAUAGUAUAAUGUUUUCCCUUUCUUGGAGUCUGAAGGAGCAACGGUCUUAUUUAUUGUUCGUUCUGUUUUUUGUUUUGUUUUUUUUUUUUCAAGUCAUUUUUCAUAUAUUGGCCAAAGUUGGAAAGAUAUUAAGUGCCUCAGUGGGUUUGUGGAAACCAUUUUCCAUUCAUUAAACCCCACCCUGCUGUUAACCCCUCUUUUGCCAGUUGUUCAACAAGCUGGGAAAGAGUCGUUAAAUCAGUCUGUAGCAUGGGAAAGCUGUGAAACUGUACAGUUAAGAUUAUGUAUUUGCCUUUAAUUUGGACUGUUCCCCCCCCCCAGUUUGCCUGUUAUCAUCUGUGUCUGAGCUGCCUCUGUAAUAUGGUCUGCUCCUAAACCUGGGACUCUGCAGUGUAUUAGAAUACCUUACCCCUUUCCUUUGUUAGGUCUUGAUUUUAAAUAAAGAACCAAGUGCUUCCUACAA